AUGAAGUUCUCUACAGCCGUGCUCAGCAGCUCGUUGCUCGCAACUGCUGCAGUUGCUGCUCCUCUGACUGCCCAGCGUCAGGCGCGCCACGAGCGCCGUCUUGCUGGCCGCAAGACCAACCCACCAUACAAGCCUGGUACCUCCGAGAUUAUCCACCUGAGCAACAACACGUCCCAGGAGCAAUACAGCGGCAACUGGGCCGGUGCUGUCCUGAUCGGCAACGGUUAUACCGCAGUGUCAGCUCAGUUCACGGUCCCCACCCCGUCGGCGCCGAGUGGGGGUGAUGAUAGCACUCAAUAUUGUGCUUCCGCCUGGGUGGGCAUUGAUGGCGACACCUGCAGUAGCGCGAUUCUUCAGACUGGUGUUGACUUCUGCAUCCAAGGAGGGACUCCUUCAUUCACAGCCUGGUACGAGUGGUACCCUGAUGUCGCCUACAACUUCGAUAGCCUCACCAUUUCUGCUGGAGAUGUGAUCUCGGUCAGUGUGAAUGCUGCCUCUACCAGCUCGGGAACUGCUACGAUCGAGAACAUCUCCACCGGUCAGACCGUCAAUCACGACUUCAAUGGUGGUGUCCAGGGUGACCUUUGUGAGACCAAUGCUGAAUGGAUUGUCGAAGACUUUGAAUCUGGUGGUGGCGAGGUUCCUUUCGCCGACUUCGGCACCGUCACCUUCUCCAACGCCCAGGCCACUACGGGCGGCAGCUCUGUUGGGCCAGACGGAGCCACCAUUAUGGACAUCAAGCAGGGUGACACUGUCUUGACUUCUUCCUCUGCUGACUCUAACAGCGUCACUGUCACAUACCAGUAG